AAUACAUCAACCUUCCAUCAACCCCCCCUUCCCCCCUUCUCUCUCUUUCUCUCUCUAAACAUGCCUCGUGUAUUUGCUCGUGUAGACGAUGCUUAUCCACCGCCAUUCCUCACCGUCGGAGGAGGUACCACCACCGUCACAAUCCCUCAGAUCAACCACAACGACUCUUCUCCGCCGUCGUCAUCUUCGUCUCCGUCUUCUUCACUCAUUAUAGUAAUCAUCAUCGUCGCCUCCUCUAUCAUCGUCACCGCCUCUCUCUACCUCCUCCUCCGUUUCAUCACUCGCCACUGCAAUAACCGCUCCUUCGCAGCCGUGGACGACGUCGUCUCCUCCACAAACAACCGCCACGAUUCAAAUCGCGAUCGGUGUUUAUACGAGCAGCGUAACUCCCCCAACGAUUUGAUCAACUCUCUUCCUCUCUUCACUUUCGGUUCCGUCACCGGAAACAUCGUUAGCGGCGACUGCGCUGUGUGUUUAUCCAAGUUCGAGAGGAACGAUCAGCUACGGUUACUUCCUUUGUGUUGUCAUGCUUUCCAUACCGAUUGCAUUGACGCGUGGCUUUCGUCCAAUCAAACGUGUCCGUUGUGCAGGUCCGCUGUGUAUCCUACUGAGGAAGACGUGUUGAAUAAAAUCAUUUCGUCCACGGUUCCAGAAGAUCGCGGGAACAGUUUCCGGAUUGAGAUCGGAAGCGUGAGUCGACGACGAGGUAUGUCCGAUUCCAGCGAUGGUCGAAGAUCGUACUCAAUCGGCUCGUUCGACUAUAUUGUUGACGAAGGCUACGAAGUCUCCGUAGAUUCCACACAUCGGCGAGGACUCUCUGAUUGUACUUCCGUUAGCAAGGACUCGGCCGGAGUACCGGUGGUGGUGAACGCGCCGCCGGGAGAGAAUAUAGCUUCUGAAGUCGCUGGACGAAGCUGGCUGAGAGACUAUGUGGAUCGUCUUGCGUCGAUUUCGUCUCGCACGGUGUCAUUUCGCAGCUCCGGCAGGUUUUUCACCGGUAGUAGUCGCCGGAGCAACACGGUAGUCGCCGUCGACGAGGAAUUGGAGGCUAAUCGUAUUGGAGAAGAGAUAAGUGAGAUGUUUCGGUGGUUCUCAGGGGUAUGAUUGGUAAAUUUAAAUUUUUUUUAGGCAAUUCAGAUUUUCAAAAAUUAAUUCUAAUUUUUUGCUUCAAAUAUACAGACUCGAUUAUGUAGCAAAAAAUUAGAAUAAUUCAAUUUUCCUAUAUUUCUUUUAGGUAUGUAAAUCUCUGUUAAUGAUUUUGUUGCAUUUUGUUUGAUUGUUCAUUGAUCCUUACAAAUAGAACUUCUAGUUAGAGAAUCAAAUCUAUUAUGUAUUGCUUACACAAUAUAGAACUUGCUGGCCAAGAGUGAAGAAAUUGCUUUACGGAAAUUCAAAUAUGUAUUACUUAAGCUGGCCAAAUUUGU